AUGUCGGAUAUUGAUUGUCACCAACAACAUUUACAAGGUUCUGUUUCAGAGUACUGCGCUCAAUAUUAUUAUAAUGAGGAAGACUUUAGUCCAAUCAAAUACAAUUAUUUUGAAAACAACGAGAAACGAGAUAAUGAUGCGUUAGACGAAGAAUUAUCAAAUAUGGGGCUUGUGUAUCUAGUGAAAAACCCUCAACAAAAACGUGAACCUAAUCGAAACAAAAAUAAACGAUCAUUAAAGAAACGAAUCGACUAUUUGAACAAUUACACUGUUUACAACAAACCAUUAAUGAUUUCUUAUAAUUCCACGGAACAAUAUAAUGCUUAUACAGAGGAACUUCUAACAAUAUUUAUCAAUCCACCUCAGGCUGUGCUUAACGAAGAUGGAUGGCCACCAAAAGAAAUUUAUGAUCCUGCAUUGGAUACAUUGUAUUGGUGGCGAAAUGAUCCCGUAGUUAAUCAACAUCAUGAGCUUUGGCAUGUGGUAAUGGUUUCAACUAUUGUUGAUGGAGCUCGUAAAGAUAGAGAAGGAGAGAAUUUUAUUUAUAUGCAUAGACAUAUGGUAGCAAGAUAUGAUGCAGAACGUCUUGGAGUAGGUCUUGAAAUCGUUGAAGCGUUACCUGAUUAUAGAACUCCCAUAAAAGAGGCCUUCUAUCCAAAUCCAUUUUUGACCCAAGAUAAUGAUACUGAUGCUUCAACUCCUCGUGUUUGGUUCGUAGCACGUCCCUCCAAUGAAUCAAUGAAAGAUAUGGUUCAAUUAAUGGGCACUACCUUUUUCAUUUACAAGCUUUCCUUCUUGGAACGCACAUAUGAAGAAAUACUUAAGUGGAUCGAUCAUAAUUACACCGAAGACCACCCCGUUCAAUUAGGAUGGAAUGAUUCAGAAGCUAAUACACUUGGAAGUAAUGUUGAAUUAGUUUUACACAACAUUGGGCACUCAGUACUUGGUUAUAUCAUGCAUCCUUAUAGUAUUGGUUGUAACGUGUUGGUCGGUGCUCGUGGAGGAUUACGAGAUCCAUUAUUCUGGAGAUGGCAUCGUCAUUUGGAUAGUAUUUACUUAAGAUUCCAAAAUAAAUUAGGACCUAAUAAUUUUAGCGACGACAGUCCUAAUGUUACCAUUCGAACAACCGAUAUAUUUUUAUCUUUUACUGAUGUAUUACUUGAAACUGCUCCGGAUGGUAAAGCUGAUGGAUGGCAAGCAUUUGGAGAUAAAACUUUCGGUGGUGACAAAUUUGAUACAGAUUUAUCUAAUUUAACGGUUGUCACCUCGGAAUUACAAACCAAGAUGAAAAAUAGAACUUAUACUUGGUUGGAAGAUAAUUUCGAUAAGGAAAAUAUUACUUAUGUUUUCCCUAGAGAUUGGCAAUAUUUCUUCAGGGUGGAAAAUAACGUAGGAAUUACUUCUAUAAUUACUAUCCGUAUAUUCAUUGUUCCGGCAGUCCUUGCUAAUUCAACUACACAUUGGAUUGAGUUAGACAAAUUUAAACGAGCUUUAAAACCUUACGAAAAAGCUGUAAUACCUCGAGCAUGUGAUAAAGCAGUAGUGAUACGAAAACCUGCUCAGAAAAACGAGACAUCAAUGGAUUCUACUGCCAUUACUGCAGAAUAUAGAACCUAUUUAACACAAUUUAGUGAUAAAGAAGUCGCUGAAAAAGAAUUUUGUAAUUGUGGAUGGCCUUAUAAUAUGAUAAUACCCCGAGGAACUAAAGAAGGAAUGAAAUUUAAAAUGAUUGUAUUUAUUUCAGAUGGAUUAAAUGAUUUAGUACCAACAUUUGAUCAAUGUGGUAGUACUUUAUUAUGCGGCGCUCAUAAAUGGGAGGAUAAAAUUCCUGAUAGCAAACCUAUGGGAUAUCCCUUUAAUCGACCUUUUAAAGAUGGUUCUUAUGAAAAAACGUUUGCUGGAUUAAAUAAUGUUGCUAUUCGUGAUUUCACCAUUAAAUUAGUAUCUAAUUUCACUGAAGUCGAUUAG